UUAUUCCAAAAAUAAAAUAAUUAAAUUCAAGAAUAACAAAUUCUGUUGAUAACAAUAUUCCAAGUUUAUAACAGUUCUUUUUAGAAAACCAAUUCACAAAAACAAAAAAAAAUCCAGAUGCCACCUGUCAUUCAACCUUCUAGGAGGCAAGAGAGUUUGAUGUUCAAAAAUAAAUAAAAGAUGAACGAGAAGAAAUCAAGUUCAAUAGCGGGUCAAGCAUGCUUCUCUCACCGUGACCUCUAUUUCGUUUCUUUUUUUUAUUUUAAUGAUCUGGUUGAGACGAGUCACCGUUGAAGAAGAAAUGAGAAAAACGCCGUCGAUGAGUUGAAACCGCAUUUUGUUACAAGCAAAAGGAACAACACUUCUUCAAUAAGAAGCGGAUAUUUCCUGAAAGAGAUGCUGGCAUUCACCGUUGUCCAAGUCCUGUCCGUUCUCCUCUUACUAAACGUACUGAGAUCAGAUGGCCAAACUUUUCACUAUUCCUCCCCGAGAGAAAUGCAGCGCUGGAGGACCUACUCGCCUCUCUCGGAUCGACUGAAGUAUUCGACACCAGGUGGCUCCGCAGAUCCAUCUGUCCUGUUCAUAAAAAUUCAAUCUGGUGAAAGCACUCCGAGAGCUGUUCCCAUCAAAACAUUGCCUCAUUCCGAAACGACAUCUGGAAGCAGCCAAUCAUGGUUGGAAGCACGCAGUUCACCCGAUGUUGCCCAAUCCCGUGGCUUAUUUGAAAGACGAAGCAUUUUACCAACUGGUAUUUUUAAUCGGCCCAUGAUUUCUAACUGGAAUGAAAGAGUCCGGAAUUCUUUUUCGAACGCCUUUUCAUCGAUCCUCCCUUCAGCCUCAUCCGGCCACGCUUCCUUCUUACCCUUCCAUCAACAGCGCUAUCAGCAUGGCACGGGAAACCCUUUCAUGAAUUAUCAUCCACAGCACUCAAUGAAUUAUCAUCUACAGCACUCGAUGAAUUAUCACCCACAGCACUCAAACCAACAUUUCAUGUCUACCUUCCCAGUUGGAGCUGCGUCUUAUGGACAACCCCAAGCCGUGGCUUUUCCUCCGAAUUUCAACGCGGGUCACCAACGCUUCUUACCGUCUGCUAACUUUGUCCAUUAUGCCAAAUCAAUUCCCAAACACACACCCUUGUUUAACAACGCCGGAGGAUUAAAAGGAGCUGCUUUGGAAAUCAACAAUGCAUUCGCUGAUUUCACCGAUUCGUCUGAGCAUGGCCCAGAAGUGACUCAAAAGUUCGGUUCGGUAGGCCAUACAAUGAGCACUUUUCUCAACAUGAUGGGUCUCGGUCCUGCGGGCGGAAUAACCGAUGACUGGACGUCUAUGGAUGACUCUGCUAUGGCGAGAUCGUCUUUAGAUUUUUAUCCGGGUUACGGAAAUCAAGCACAUUUAGAUGAUAUCAAUGACUAUCCCAUUUUUCUCCAGGAUAUGACGGAACAUUUUUUAACCAAAAUGAAUCUGACAGAUGUAUUGAACAAAGUUAAGGAAGAAAAAGCUUCCAAAGUAGGAAACGUUAAAAGUGAAAAUUUAACUGAGGCUGGAAAGUUAGAGAAAUCGACGCCACACAUUAUAAUGCAAAAUUCGAAAACAGCUGUUUCUUCGGGAGAAUUGAAAGUUCCAACGAUGUCUGAACCUGUUCACGUAACUGAAAAAAUAAAAAUAAAUAAAACGAUGGUAUCUGGAAAGAACGAACAGACAUACGGCGGUAAGUACUCAAAUUCCAGUGCAGUUGAGAAAAAAGAAUACAUGAUGAAUCCCUCGAAUAAAAAAGAAUCGCCCACGAGUUACCCUACAGUGACAAAUUCCAAGAGAAUUCAAGACGGGAAUAAUACCAACAAUAAAGAAUACUUCGCAAAAGAAACUCCAUCGGCUGAUUACAGAAUUCCUUCAGUUUUCUCUCCUGUGUCUCCCAAAGACAGAAAAAAACCUAUUGCUAUUUAUAAAAAAAUGGCUCCUGAAUUUCCCCACGAAAAGAAUUCGAAAGUAUCCGAUAAUGUAGAAUAUGUUCCAGCACAUCCGUUAACCAAUCACGAGUCUGAAAUAAACGAGAAUAAACUGAUCAAUGAAGACGUCGUCCGGCAGUGGGUGUCGAUAACAGAGGGGAAGAAUUACGUCGAAAAGCAUCCGAAGCCUAUUAUCGACUUUGGAAAAGACAGUUCGGAACAACCGAAAAGUUUCUCGAUUUUGAAGGAGGUACUCCGGCCCAUGGAGUGACUCCUUUUGAAUCCUGUUCUCGCACACUGAUCAUUGAACAUAUCAUUUUGAAUUCUUUCUUUUAUCGCUGCUAUUAUUUAUUUAUACAAUGUUUUUGAUGGAUGCAAUUCAUGUACAGUGCGCAAAAACCUCACCUAUAACUUUUGAGCUAAUGACUGGAUUUUCUCGUAUUGAGAUGCAAUCUAAAUAGUUCGAGUGGACAGCCUUAACACUUAACAUAUCAUAACCGGUCAAAUGACCGUUUAAGAACUUUUGCAUCAAAAAUGGGCUUAUCAUCUUAUCGUUUUUGCACAUUUGUCUUCAUGACUUUUUCUUACAAUUAUAUACAGUUAA